AUGUCGCACCCCCAACAGAAUCUCCUCGCCACCACAACCUCCAACACCAAAGCAGGCAAUCCCGUCUUCCCCGGCUGGUACGCCGACCCCGAAGCACGCCUCUUCAACGCCCAGUACUGGAUCUACCCAACCUACUCAGCCGACUACAGCGAACAAACCUUCUUCGAUGCCUUCAGCUCCCCCGAUCUACUCACUUGGACCAAGCACCCCACCAUCCUAAACAUCACUAAUAUCCCUUGGUCAACGAACCGUGCCGCUUGGGCCCCGUCCGUGGGCCGGAGACUCCGCUCCUCCGCCAACGCCGAAGAAGAAUAUGACUACUUCCUGUAUUUCUCCGUUGGUGAUGGAACUGGCAUCGGUGUUGCGAAAUCGACCACGGGGAAACCUGAGGGUCCCUAUGAAGACGUCCUCGGUGAACCUCUAGUUAAUGGCACAGUGUAUGGGGCGGAGGCCAUUGAUGCCCAGAUAUUUCAAGAUGAUGAUGGCCGGAAUUGGUUGUAUUUUGGGGGUUGGAGUCAUGCAGUUGUUGUGGAAUUGGGCGAGGAUAUGAUUAGUCUGAAGGGGGAUUAUUUGGAGAUUACCCCGGAGGGGUAUGUGGAAGGCCCGUGGAUGUUGAAGAGGAAUGGGAUUUAUUAUUAUAUGUUUUCGGUUGGGGGAUGGGGCGAUAAUUCAUACGGAGUCAGUUAUGUCACGGCUGAUUCGCCGACGGGGCCGUUCUCGAGUACACCAAAGAAGAUUCUACAAGGGAAUGAUGCCGUUGGCACGAGUACUGGGCACAAUAGUGUGUUUACGCCGGAUGGACAAGAUUACUAUAUUGUCUAUCAUCGUCGAUAUGUCAACGACACGGCCCGGGAUCAUCGCGUGACUUGUAUAGAUCGCAUGUACUUCAAUGAGGCUGGGGAAAUCCUACCGGUGAAUAUCACUCUAGAGGGUGUUGAGGGGAGGACUUUAUCGUAG